AUGUUUUCUCUCUCUUCCCUGUCGCGGCAAGUGCUGUCGGGCGUCGCUGGCGUUGGCAGAAGCCUCUCGAGGCUGCCUCAACCAGCGACAGGGCACCGUGUAACGACGGCCUUGCCUUCUCUGAGCCUCUUUACCCGUGGACGACACCAGCUUGCCCCCAAGAAGGUCAAACACUUGAAGCGUCACAAGGGCAAGGUUCCGAUUCCGAUUGGCGGCUCGACCAAGGGAACGACAUUGGCCUAUGGGGACUGGGGCAUUAGAAUUAAGGACAAUGGAACGAGGCUGAGCGCGAAACAGCUCACGACAGCACGAGAGGUCAUCCAGAAAAAGCUCAAGGUCCUCAAGGGCGCCAAAGUCUACCUGAGGGUCUUCCCGGACAUCCCGGUUUGCAUCAAGGGUAGCGAAACCCGUAUGGGUAAGGGUAAAGGAACCUUCGAAUACUGGGCAUGCCGGGCCCCAACCGGACGUGUUAUUUUCGAGAUUGGCGGCGUACCCAUCCGUGAAGAGCUUGCACGAGACAUUCUCCGACAAGCCGCUGCCAAACUCCCCGUCAAGAUGGAAUUCAUUAGUCGCUCAAGUCCACCAAGACUAGGAAACCUCCUCGUUCACCCUCCCGAACCCCCGAAGGUUGACGUGGCUUCUAUCCCGGAAGCAUCAUCAUCUGCCGCGGCCGAAGUCUCUGCGUAGAGUCCCAGACAGUAUUCGACUAGACCCAGAAAACCUGAUAACGUACACUAAUAAUCAGAUAUUUGCC